AAAGAAGAGAUAAUGAGUACACGUUAGUAAAAGCGACACGUCACUUCUCUCACCAUCUUCUUCCUCCUCCUUCCUCUCUCCGCUUCACUUUUCUUCAAAAUUUUGAAUUGCUUUCAUGCUCUGUAACUGAGGCUUCUCCAGCCAAAUCCGGUUUCAUGGCUAUGGCGUUUCCUCUUUCAUAUACGCCCGUUUCUGUUAAACCAGUAACUCACUCUCGGAGAUCGAAACUCGUGGUUUUCUCUUCUUCUUCUAAUGGAAGAGAUCCCUCACCCUCUGAGGAGAAGUCAGUACCUAAUGGAGUGAAAAGCAUCGAGAAGCUUCAAGAGGAGAAGCGUCGUGCUGAGUUAUCUGCUCGGAUUGCUUCUGGAGCCUUCACUGUACGCAAAUCCAGCUUCCCAUCAACAGUAAAGAAUGGUUUAUCUAAGCUUGGAGUUCCCAGCAAUGUUCUGGAUUUCAUGUUUGAUUGGACCGGAGCUAACGAAGAUUACCUCAAGGUUCCAGAGGCUAAAGGGUCUAUUCAGGCUGUCCGUAACGAAGCUUUCUUCAUCCCUCUCUAUGAGCUUUUCCUUACUUACGGUGGUAUCUUCAGGUUGACCUUUGGUCCAAAGUCGUUCUUGAUCGUGUCGGAUCCUUCUAUUGCUAAGCAUAUAUUAAAGGACAACGCUAAAGCUUACUCCAAGGGGAUUCUAGCUGAAAUUCUAGAUUUUGUGAUGGGGAAAGGACUCAUACCUGCUGAUGGGGAGAUAUGGCGUAGGAGAAGGCGUGCCAUCGUCCCUGCCUUGCAUAUGAAGUAUGUAGCAGCUAUGAUCAGUUUGUUUGGAGAAGCUUCAGAUAGGCUUUGCCAGAAGCUUGAUACAGCUGCAUCUACAGGGGAAGAUGUAGAGAUGGAAUCACUCUUCUCUCGCUUGACGCUUGAUAUUAUUGGCAAGGCGGUUUUUAAUUACGACUUUGACUCCUUAACCAAUGAUACCGGUGUGAUCGAGGCAGUUUACACUGUUCUAAGAGAAGCUGAAGAUAGAAGUGUUUCACCUAUUCCUGUUUGGGACAUACCAAUCUGGAAAGAUAUUUCCCCACGUCAGAGGAAAGUUGCUACUUCUCUCAAGUUGAUCAAUGACACCCUCAAUGAUUUGAUCGCAACCUGCAAGAGAAUGGUAGAGGAAGAGGAGCUUCAGUUUCACGAGGAGUAUAUGAACGAAAGAGAUCCAAGCAUCCUUCACUUCCUCUUGGCUUCAGGAGACGAUGUAUCUAGCAAGCAGCUACGUGAUGACUUGAUGACAAUGCUUAUAGCUGGACAUGAAACAUCAGCUGCGGUUUUAACAUGGACCUUUUAUCUUCUUACAACGAAUCCCAAAGUAGUGGCCAAACUUCAAGAAGAGGUUGAUUCUGUUAUUGGAGAUAGAUUCCCAACCUUAGAAGAUAUGAAGAAGCUGAAAUACACUACCCGAGUCAUGAAUGAGUCAUUGAGAUUAUAUCCACAACCACCAGUACUGAUCCGUCGUUCCCUAGAGAACGAUAAACUUGGACCGUAUCCCAUAAAAAGAGGAGAGGAUAUCUUCAUUUCUGUUUGGAAUCUACAUCGAAGUCCCCUUCAUUGGGAUGAUGCGGAAGAGUUCAAUCCAGAGAGAUGGCCUCUUGAUGGACCAAACCCAAAUGAGACAAACCAAAACUUCAGUUACUUGCCGUUUGGUGGAGGACCUCGGAAAUGCAUAGGCGACAUGUUUGCUUCAUUUGAGAAUGUGGUAGCAAUCGCAAUGCUUAUUCGAAGAUUUAACUUUCAGACUGCACCAGGAGCUCCUCCGGUAAAAAUGACCACAGGAGCUACAAUACACACUACAGAAGGACUGAAAUUGACUGUAACAAAGAGAACACCACCUCUCUCUGUUCCUAUCCUUCCAAUGGAAGCUCCUCGAGAUGAAGUUUCCUCUGCUCGGUCUUGAGUCUUCUUCAUCUUUGCAAAACUGAAGAAAUAAACAAGCUCAAACAAGAACAACAACAAAUGUUUCUAAUUGUUUCUCUGCAUUAUAUUAUGCAGACAAGUAGAAUGUAAAGAAAAUUAUUAUUCUUUGAAAAAAGAUAUACAAAGUUUCAAAUA